AUGGCUGAGGCGGAGGAAGAGGACUGCAAGAGACAGGUUAUUAUUAACGCACCCAAAGCUUGGAAAGCUGACAUCUGGGCACAUUUUGGAUUCUACGAGGUUGAUGGGAAAGUAGAUAAGACCUACGUGGUGUGUAAACAAUGCCACACCAAAAUCAAACACGUAGGAAAUACGACCAACUUCACCAAUCACAUAACCCGCUGGCAUCCUGAAUUGGCUACCGGUUCCAAAACAACACCACAACAAGAAAAAUUCCAGCCAAGAAUUGACCAGUCCCUGGUGUCACCACUACCACACAACUCUGAGAGGGCAAAGAAGAUUACACGCUCGGUGGCGUGUUUCAUUGCUAAAGAUCUGAGACCAUAUUCUGUGGUUGAGAAUGCGGGGUUUCGCCACAUGCUUAAAACUAUCGAGCCCCGUUAUAAGCUACCGGCAAGAGCCACAUUCGCCGACUCUGCAGUCCCCGCAUUGUACAAGGAAGUCAGAGCAGAGGUAAAUAAAUCAAUGCAACAAGCUAGUCGUGUAGCCAUCACAAGUGACGCCUGGACAUCUGUCGCAACAGAGUCCUAUGUAACCAUAACUGCACAUUAUAUUGGCGAGGAUUGGCAAAUGAUGUCACAUGUGCUGCAAACAAGAACAGUUCAUGAGAGCCACACAGGUGUUAAUAUGGCGACGCUGCUAUUGAAUGUUGUGGAGGAAUGGCAGCUAACAGAGAAAGGUGUUGUGCUGGUGACGGACAACGCCGCAAAUAUGGCAAGUGCUGCUGAAAUUGGCAAGUUCCCUCAUGUGAGAUGCUUCUCGCAUACUUUGAACCUGGCUGCGCAGCGGGCGCUUAAACUACCGACGGUCAGCAGGCUUCUGGGCAGAGUCCGACGUAUCAGUGUGUACUUCCACUGCAGCACGAAAGCAAAGCACCUGUUCGAGGAGAACCAGAGAGCCAUGCUCAAACUGACAUGCCCGCUCAAACUCCUCACUGAUGUCUCCACAAGGUGGAAUAGUGCCCAUGACAUGAUGGAGAGAUUUUUGCAACUGCAAGCUGCAGUGCACGCCACCCUGCUGUCGCCUCAUCUAAAUGUAGACGAAAGUGACAUCGUCACCCUCAGCAGAGCAGAUCUGGCUAACGUGGAGGAAGUGGUGAAGACAUUAAAACCAAUGAAGGAUGCCACUGUCUGUUUGUCUGAGGAGAGCACUCCUACAGUCAGCCUCAUUGCACCAGUAUAUGCCCAACUCCUCCAGAGCAUGUCAGACACUAUUGGAGACCAACCACUGAUCUGCGAUGUGAAGAAUGCAAUCAAAACAGAUCUCCUCAAGAGGUACAACAGUGAGGCAGAGAAGAAGAUCCUUCAUACGUCAUCUGCCCUGGAUCCUUGA